GACGCAAAACCCCGUUUGAUCAGAUGGAUUCUACUCCUCCAAGAAUUCGACAUCGAAAUCAAAGACAAAAGAGGAGCAGAAAACACUGCUGCAGAUCAUCUCUCGCGCUUAGAAGACCCAGCUUUGGAGACAACCAGAGACGAGCAAAUCAACGAGAAAUUUCCCACGGAAUCCUUGGAAAUGAUGGAGAGUAGACAAGAGCCAUGGUAUGCCGACUACGCUAAUUUCCUAGCUAGCGGUAUAGUCACCAAAGGAUGGCCACAUCAUCAAAGAAAAAAAUUCUUUGCUGAUGUAAAGCAUUACUUUUGGGAAGAUCCCUAUCUUUUCAAAAUGUGUGCCGACCAGCUCAUCCGAAGGUGUGUCCAUGGUAAUGAAACAUGUGAUGCCUGCCAGAGAUCAGGUAAUAUUUCGUCCAAAAACGAAAUGCCUCAAAAUGGCAUUCUCGUCUGUGAAAUCUUUGAUGUGUGGGGACUCGAUUUCAUGGGACCUUUCCCACCUUCAAAGGGAAACAAAUAUAUACUUGUGGCAGUCGAUUACUUGUCUAAAUGGGCGGAGGCCGAGGCUCUUCCAACAAAUGAUGGAAGAGUAGUGGUAAAAUUUUUGAAAAAACUGUUUUCUCGCUUCGGGACACUAAAGGCUUUAAUAAGUGAUAGAGGUACCCAUUUUUGCAAUCAUCAACUCGAAAAAAUAUUAACAAGAUAUGGGGUCUAUCAUCGGGUCUCAAUGGCAUAUCACCCUCAAACAAAUGGGCAAGCCGAAGUGACUAAUCGAGGUUUAAAACGAAUACUUGAAAAAACCUUAGGAAUAAAUAAAAAAGAAUGGGCCGACAAAUUAGACGACGCUUUAUGGGCUUUUCGAACUGCUUAUAAAACCACUAUAGGCACAACCCCAUAUAAACUCGUCUAUGGAAAAAGUUGUCACUUGCCAGUAGAGAUAGCUCACAAAGCCUACUGGGCAAUAAAAAACGUGAACUUAGAUUUAGAAAAUGCCGGUAAAAAUCGAUUUUGUCAAAUAAAUGAAUUAGACGAACUAAGGAAUUAUGCAUAUUCUAACUCCGAAAUUUAUAAGGAAAGAAUGAAAAAUCUACACGAUAAAUAUAUUAAAUCCAAUGAAUUUCGGGUAGGAGAUCAAAAUCUAUUUAACAAGCUCGAACUCCUUCUUCCGGACCAAGAGAAAACAACCUUCACAUGUCCCUACGGAACUUUCGCAUAUCGACGCAUGCCAUUGUGUCUAUGUAAUGCGCCUGCAACAUUCCAACGUUGUAUGGUCGCCAUUUUCCAUGAUAUGAUCGAAAAGACAAUGGAAGUCUUCAUGGAUGACUUUUCCAUCUUUGGAGACUCAUAUGACCAAUGCCUCGAUAAUCUUGAACGAAUGCUAUCCCGAUGUGAGGAAACUAACCUCGCCCUUAAUUGGGAAAAAUGCCAUUUCAUGGUGACAGAGGGAAUAGUACUCGGUCAUAAAAUCUCAAGCGAAGGAAUGGAAGUUGAUCGAGCAAAAAUAGAAACUAUUUCUCGAUUACCUCCUCCAUCCUCCGUACGAGCAAUCAGAAGUUUCCUAGGGUAUGCCGGAUUUUAUAGAAGGUUUAUCAAAGACUUUUCAAAAAUCUCAAGGCCUCUAACAAAAUUACUUGAAAAAGAUGCACCCUUCAUCUUUGACAAGGAAUGCAAUCAAGCAUUUCUAACCCUCAAGGAAAUGCUAGUCAAUGCACCUAUCAUGAUAGCGCCAGAUUGGAAAUUUCCUUUCGAAAUCAUGUGUGAUGCAAGUGACUUUGCUGUUGGAGCAGUCUUGGGACAAAGAAAAGAAAAGCAUUUCCACCCAAUUUAUUAUGCUAAUGGUUUUUCAGGUUACUUUCAAAUACCGAUAGCACCGGAAGACCAAGAGAAAACAACCUUCACAUGUCCCUACGGAACUUUCUCAUAUCGACGCAUGCCAUUCGGUCUAUGUAAUGCGCCUGCAACAUUCCAACGUUGUAUGGUCGCCAUUUUCCAUGAUAUGAUCGAAAAGACAAUGGAAGUCUUCAUGGAUGACUUUUCCAUCUUUGGAGACUCAUAUGACCAAUGCCUCGAUAAUCUUAAACGAAUGCUAUCCCGAUGUGAGGAAACUAACCUCGCCCUUAAUUGGGAAAAAUGCCAUUUCAUGGUGACAGAGGGAAUAGUACUCGGUCAUAAAAUCUCAAGCGAAGGAAUGGAAGUUGAUCGAGCAAAAAUAGAAACUAUUUCUCGAUUACCUCCUCCAUCCUCCGUACGAGCAAUCAGAAGUUUCCUAGGACAUGCCGGAUUUUAUAGAAGGUUUAUCAAAGACUUUUCAAAAAUCUCAAGGCCUCUAACAAAAUUACUUGAAAAAGAUGCACCCUUCAUCUUUGACAAGGAAUGCAAUCAAGCAUUUCUAACCCUCAAGGAAAUGCUAGUCAAUGCACCUAUCAUGAUAGCGCCAGAUUGGAAAUUUCCUUUCGAAAUCAUGUGUGAUGCAAGUGACUUUGCUGUUGGAGCAGUCUUGGGACAAAGAAAAGAAAAGCAUUUCCACCCAAUUUAUUAUGCUAGUAAAACUCUUAAUGAUGCACAAGAAAAUUAUACAACUACAGAAAAAGAAUUACUAGCAGUGGUAUUUGCUUUUGAUAAAUUUCGUUCUUAUCUUGUUCUUUCUAAAACAGUAGUCUAUACAGACCAUGCAGCCAUCAGAUACCUCUUCAAGAAGCAAGACAUUUGUUCGAUUUUCAACUAA